UAUAUCCAUAACACAUGAUGAAGCGAACGCGGCAACGGAUGUAACUUGCCUCGGCCGUGACCGUAUAUAUCAUCCAAGAAAACCAAAAGCAAGCGCUGCACUCUGCUGAACAAACCGGGAGGCGGCAAGGUGGACACUGCUGUUGGCAGAGGUUGCUGGAGCAAAAGGAACGUAAAACAUGAUGACCCCCGCCGCCGCCGAGUUGCUCUCGCACGAGCGUGUCGACGUGCUGAUACGAAGGAGAAUCGCGGAGCUGCGGGAGACGCCCUUCGCCCCCGAGGCAGACCUCCCCUUCGUCGUAGCAGACUCGACCAGAACCCUCGGGCAGCACCAGCGGUGGAUGCACCAUCUUCCGCACAUCCAGCCCUUCUAUGCCGUCAAAUGCAACUCAGACGCCCAUCUCCUCCGGUUCCUGGCCGACCUGGGCCUCGGCUUCGACUGCGCCUCGCCGGCCGAGAUCGAGCUGGUGCUCGGCCUCGGGGUGAACCCGUCGCGCAUCGUCUACACCCACCCGUGCAAGGCCGCGUCGGCCCUGCACAUGGCCUCGGACCGCGGCGUCCUGCUGACCACCUUCGACAACGCCGACGAGCUGGACAAGAUCGCGAGCGUCAGCCCGGACAUGCGCCUGCUGCUCCGCAUCUACGCCGACGACGAGACGGCCGCCGUGUGCUUGAGCAACAAGUUCGGCGCGUCCCUGCACGCCACCCGCCCCCUGCUCCUAAAGGCGCGCGCCCUCGGUCUCCAAGUCGUCGGCGUCUGCUUCCACAUUGGAUCGGGAGCGACGGAUCCCAAGGCCCUCCACGCGGCCGUCCGGGACGCGCGGCGCAUCUUCGACCAGGCGAGGGACGUGGGCUUCGACUUGACCAUCCUGGACGUCGGCGGCGGCUUCACCGACGCCAACUUCGAAGCCAUGGCGUCCGCCCUGCGCCUGGCGAUCGAGAGCGAAUUCCCCAGCGGCGACCGCGUCCGCAUCAUCGCCGAGCCCGGCCGCUUCUACGCCCGCAGCUUCUACACGCUGGCGUGCAAGAUCAUCGCCCGUCGGACGCACGACCACGACAACAACGAUGAUGAUGGCGACGGCACCGGUGCCGUGGACGGGCCGCAGCUGGACAUGCUGUACCAGAACGACGGCGUCUACGGCUGCUUCAUGAACCGCCUGGUCGAAGACGAGGUGUUCGUCCCGACCCUGAUCCCCGUCGACGACGACGACAAGGAGGAGAAGGACCAGCCCGGCGCACCGCCGCGGCGGGCCCGGGCCCAAGGGAAACACUUGUAUUCCGUUUGGGGCCCAACCUGCGACGGCUUCGACUGCGUUUCCGAACGGGCGACGUUGCCCUGCGAGGCCAGGAUCGGCGACUGGUUGAAAUACACAGACAUGGGAGCAUACUCGGUAACCUGCGCGACAACCUUCAACGGAUUUCCCAAUACGUACGAAAUUUUGUACGUGAACCCGGGGCCAGAGGUCGUAUAUCGAAACGGAGAGAAUAGGAGUUAGCAAGUGGAAAGAGAGGUUCGAUGAAUGGUGGAAUUAGGAACACACCUUCAUACCAACAUAGCGUGGAUGCCUGGUGUGCGCAUCCCAAUCCACCAGGAAGGCGCGAUUCGUGUACAGAGUAUAAUUAUUCGCUGGAUUGAGAGGGCGAUUACGAAAUAGAAAAAAAGACCCGAGGCGGCCAGCCUCACGUUUGAAAACAAGACUUGAUUAUGCCUCCUGCAACCUGGUUCAAGAAGUUUC